CUCUUCAUGGUUGUUCACGAGCCUCUAUAGUAGCCAUUAGCUUGCUCCCUGCGCUGCACAGUUUUCAACUCAAUAUGAAGACAUCUACACCUGUGGAUUUAGAUAAGCUUGUCAAAGACGUUUCUCAAUUAGAACAGAAAAUAACAGAUCUGAGGAGUAAGAAUAGCAUUCUUGAAAUGAAACUGGAGGAGACCAACCGAUUUUUGAAGUUUUCUCAAUCAAAGGAAAAGCAUUUGACUGAAGACAGAAAUGGGUUACUUGGGACAAUUCAGGGGCUUCAGCAAACUCUUCAACAACAGUGUAAUUUGAGAGUGGAAAAUGAACGUUUUAAAAAGUCCUUGCUUGACAUGAAGAAGGACAAUGAAAAAAUUAUGGAGGAUUUCCAUGCUCAAAUUGAGGGGCUUCAAGCUGAGAUUGCAGUUCUACAAGAAGACCACCAGAGGGAGCUAGAGGAAGCCCAACAGGACACCCAGAGACUAUUGGUGGAGAAAGAGCGAGCUAUUAAAGAAGUCAUUGAGAAGAAAGAGUGUGAGGAGGAGGAGCUGAGGAGAAAGAUCCGAGACCAGGACAAAGAAAAGCAGAGUGAAAUCAUUAAACUACAAAUGGAGUUUAGUGCAAAGCUAGCUAGGGCCCAGAGCACAGCGGUGAAGCCCCAGCAGACUCAGGCCUCCAGCCUUGCAUCUCAGAACAUCUUCAAGAGGAAGCUGCAGUUCAUGCAGGAGGAAAAGAAUCGUGAAAUUGAGGCCUUGCGCCAAAAAGUCAAAGAACUGGAGCAGCAACAGUUCACCAGCUUCGCAGAGUCACGUCUUAAAAGAAGGAAGAUGUAACAGGCUUGUCAUAAACCCGUGGAAACCAGCCAGUGCAUAUUAAUAACCUUUCAUUGCAUAAUGCUUUUGCAGCAAGUUUUUCAGGUUGCAAUGGAGACAGGCAGUGGAUAUUUUCUGAACAGUUUAUGACUUUGUUUAUUUAUUAUGAUUUUUGUUUGUGCUGGUUAAGGCUGUGCUGAAUCUUUUAUGGCUGUCAAUUCCAUGUGAAUGAGGAGUUUUCAAUAUAUCCUGCUGUUAAGUCCUUCAUGCAAUA